AUGUCUGAGCCGAAACGCACACAAGAUACACUGGACCGCCGUCACUCUCGCGAAUCCUCCGUCUCGAGCGCCUCCACGACGAGCCUCGUCUUCGACCGUCUCGCCGAGGAGUCGGAGAAGAACCACGACGCCUCGUCCCGACCGCAUCCCUCCGCUGCCCGACACGCCUACACCGACGACAACAGCGAUGCCAUCAAAGAGUCCGACAUCAACGACCCCGAGACGGGCCCCUUUCUAGGAGCCUCAUCAGAGACCACACCACCGCGCAAAGGCGUCGACCGCAAGCUCAAAAAGGUCCUCCUUAUCGUCGGCGGCUUCUUCGUCGCCGCCUGGAUCGUCUCGCUCGUCGUCUUCCUGACCAACAAAUCGUACAAGCACGGCAGCCAGAUUGACCAUGAUCCUGCGGCGACGAACCGCAAGUCGGGCAAGCGCGUGACCCUCGACCAGGUCCAAUCGGGCUUCUGGCGACCCACGUCCCAUACAUUCAGCUGGAUCCCCGGGCCCGACGGCGAGGACGGGCUGCUGCUCGAGCAGGAGGCGCGUGGCAAGGACUUUCUCGUCGUCGAGGAUGUCCGGUCCCAGGGCUCGGCUGACGGCGAGGCGCACCCCGACGCCGCCGAGAGCCGCACCCUGAUCAAGGACCCGUGGUUCUACUGGGGCGACCAGCAGCACAGCAUCCUCCAGACCUGGCCCAGCAAGAACCAGAAGAAGGUCCUCGUCGCCACCCAGAAGCAGCGCAACUGGCGCCACUCGUUCACCGCGCUCUACUGGGUCUUUGACGUCGAGUCGCAGUCUGCCGAGCCUCUCGACCCCGCCCACCCCGAGGAGAGGGUCCAGCUGGCGACGUGGAACGCCCAGAGCGACGCCAUCGUCUUCACGAGGAGCAACAAUCUGUUCCUCAGGAAGCUCGCUGACGACAAGGUCAUCCCCAUCACCACCGACGGAGGCCCCGAGUACUUCUAUGGCAUCCCCGACUGGGUCUAUGAAGAGGAGGUCUUCAGCGGCAACAGCGCCACGUGGUGGUCUGCCGACGGCAAGCACGUUGCGUUCCUGCGAACCAACGAGACCGAGGUCCCCAAGUACCCGAUCCAGUACUUUGUCUCGCGCCCCAGCGGCGCCGAGCCUCAAGUCGGCGAGGAGAACUACCCCGAGGUCAGGCAGAUCAAGUAUCCCAAGGUCGGCAGCCCGAACCCUGUCGUCGAUCUCCUCUUUUACGACGUCGAAAAGGGCGAUGUCUUCACUGUCGACAUUGACGGCGACUUUCCCGAGAAGGACAAGCUCAUCAACUUCGUCAUGUGGGCCGAUGGCAACGUCCUCGUCAAGACGACGAACCGCGUCAGCGAUGUGUUGCAGGUCAACCUCAUCGACAUCAUGGCCCGUACUGGCAAGACGGUGCAGCACGUAGACGUGGCCAAGAUUGAUGGUGGCUGGUUUGAGAUCUCGCAUGUGAUCUACAUCCCCGCGGACGCCAAGAACGGCCGUCCGCACGAUGGCUACGUGGAUACUGUCAUCCAUAACGAUGGCGAUCACCUGGCCUACUUCACGCCGAUGGACAACCCAAAACCCGUCUACAUUACCGAAGGCCCUGGCUGGGAAGUCGACGGCAGUGCGAGCGCGGUCGAUCUCAAGAACAACCUCGUCUACUUCCGCUCGACCAAGGAGUCGUCCAUUCAGCGUCACAUUUACAGCGUGCACCUCAACGGCACCGACAUGAAGCCUUUUACCGACACGACCCACGAGAGCUAUUACGACGUGUCCUUCUCCUCGGGCGCCGGCUUCGGUCUCCUCUCAUACCAGGGCCCCAAGGUGCCCUGGCAAAAGGUCGUCAGCACUCCCUCGAACCCCAAGUCGUACGAACGCAUCAUCGAGGAGAACAAGGACCUCACCCAGCAGGCCAAGAAGCACGAGCUCCCGGUGCUCGAGUACGGCACAAUCAAGGUCGACGACGUUGAGCUCAACUAUGUCGAGCGCCGGCCGCCGCACUUUGACAAGAACAAGAAGUACCCCGUCCUCUUCCAGCAGUACUCGGGCCCCGGCUCGCAGACCGUCACCAAGAAGUUCGCCGUCGACUUCCAGUCGUACGUCGCCUCGGCCCUCGGCUACGUCGUCGUCACCGUCGACGGCCGCGGCACGGGCUUCAUCGGCCGCAAGGCGCGCGUGCUCAUCCGCGACCAGCUCGGACGGUGGGAGGCGCACGACCAGAUCGCCGCGGCGCGCCACUGGGCGGCCAAGCGCUACGUCGACGCCGACCGCCUCGCCAUCUGGGGCUGGAGCUACGGCGGCUUCGCGACGCUCAAGACGCUCGAGACGGACGCCGGCCGCACCUUCCGCUACGGCAUGGCCGUCGCCCCCGUCACCGACUGGCGCUUCUACGACAGCAUCUACACCGAGCGCUACAUGCGCACCCCGGACCUCAACCGCGACGGCUACCAGCAGACGGCCAUCAGCAACACGACCGCCCUCGGCGCCAACGAGCGCUUCCUCGUCAUGCACGGCGUCGCCGACGACAAUGUCCACAUGCAGAACACCCUGACGCUCCUCGACGAGCUCGACCUCGCCGGCGUCGAGAACUACGACGUCCACGUCUUCCCCGACAGCGAUCACAGCAUCUACUUUCACAAUGCGAACCGCAUCGUGUACGAUAAGCUGAGCAACUGGUUGAUCAAUGCCUUUAAUGGCGAGUGGGUCAAGGUCAAUGAUGCGGAGCCCAAGAUUGAGUCGUGA